GCCGCCAGCGCACGGGACAGGACGGAGGUACUUCCGGCGCAGCCCUUGUGGAGAAACGCGUUCCUCACUCAGUCCUCCUGAUUAUACAACGCACGGCGUUCAGUUGGAGGAAGUUGUUUUUAAACUCGACAGUUUUUUUCCUCCUCCGCUCUCUCUUGUUAAGUUUCUCGUGGGCUGGCGCCUGCCAGAUGCACCAUGUUUUCAGGGAAAAACAAGAAGCCGCCGAGGAAAGGCCAAGGCGCUGCCACUGCUAAAGAACUUGGCCUGUUUGUAGACUUCUCACCUGAGGAUAUGAUGGUGAAUACAUACGGGGAUGAAGAUGAUGAUGACAGAGACCUGGAAGCAGAGUUAGCUGAAAUAACUGGAAAGAAGCCUGUCACUAAACCAAAGCCCAAAGGAAAAUUACCUUUGCCAAUGGACCAUAUAGAACAAAUGGCUGAGGAAUGUCUGAAGGAUAUAGAUGAAAAUGAUGAUGAUUUGGAAGAUGAUGAGGAGCUCUUGGCAGAACUGAAGGAAAUGGUUCUGGAAGAGGAGGUGGUGGAAGAGGAAGAGGAGCAGAAAGAAUUUACAAAUCCCUCUGUUCCCACAGAGUCUGGUUUGGAUCCAUUGAAUCAAUGUACUGUCUCUCAGCCUCAGUCAAAUAUAGUUACUGUUAAUACUGGAUUACAAAUGACACUGGAAGAGAGACUCCAGAUGUAUAGAAUUGCAAUUAGUAAUGCAAAGCAAACUGGAGAGACAUCAAAACUGAGGCGAUAUGAACGAGGAUUAAAGACAUUGCAGACACUGCUGGUUUCUGCAAAGAAGGGUAAAAAGAUAGAGGAAGCAGAAAUUCCUCCCCCAGUUGCAACUGGUAAAAGCAGUGCCUCAGUACUCGAGUCUGAUAGUUUAAAUGCAAAAGAUUUGGAAGAUGGAAUAGCUGAAAUGCAUCAGGAUACCCUAACACCAGCAAAUGAGGUGCUUCUACCUCAACCAAGUGUUACUGUGUUACCUGUGAAGUCUUUAGUGCCUGAGCCUUCAAACAUUACAGCCCCUGUAACUUCUCUUCAGACCGAGAUUGUUGAUGUAUCCACUACUGAUACAACAGAUAAUGACAACCCAGGAAGUGGUGAAACGAAAACAAAAGUAUUAUUGUUUGGGAGACAGAACGAGUAUAAAUUGGCUGCACUGAGAGCAAAACAGGCGGGAGACAUCACACAAGCUAAAGAAUACAUGAAAAUCAGCAAAAAAUUUGACGCUGUGAUAAAGGCUUUGGACAGCGGGGAGCCUGUGGAUCUGACUAACCUGCCACCAUCGCCAACAGCUUUGACAGAUACUUCAGCCCGGGAAAAAUCACUCAAUCCUUCAAGUGUAGUAACUCUUCCGGAUCAGCAGGGAAAGGAUUUGAAAACUGAACAUCAAGUCAUUGUAGAAUCCGGCCUACCUCUGCCGCCUAAAGAUGUUAUAGAAGCUCUACAUCAAAGAAUGGAGAAAUAUAAGACAGUAGCAGCUCAAGCUAAAGCUGAUGGGAAUGACCGUAAAGCAAGGAUGCAUGAAAGAAUAGCAAAGCAAUAUCAAGAUGCCAUCAGAGCUCACAAAGUUGGAAGGAAAGUGGAUUUUUCAGAUCUUCCCAUACCACCAGGAUUUCCACCAAUACCAGGAGUGGAAGGAGCCUCUGGAGAUCUCAGCAUUGUUGGAACGCUUGAAACUGCAUCCAGACUAGUGACUGCGGCAGUUGAGGAGGAGGAGAAGCACAUGGGAGCAGAAAAUGAGAGUGGAUCUCCUCAGCCAGCUACGCAACCUCCUGUUUCAAAGAAGCCAACAAAGCUUCCAGGUCAUGGAGUACAAACAGCUGAACCAACACUAAUAUUACCAGUUGCAUCAGAGGAAGGACAAUCCCCAAAACCGUUAAAGAAGCCAACACCAAGUGAACAUUUGAUUCAGCUCAGUUCAGUUGCUCAGCAACAAUUGGAAUUUCUUCAGAAUAGGAAGAAACUGUACAUGAAAGCUGCUGUACAAGCAAAACAAAAGAAGAACCUGGAACAAGCGAAAAAUUUUCUUAGAAUCGCAAAAGGCUUUGAUCCAAUGAUUGUGGAUGUUCAAAGUGGAAAAUCAGUUGAUAUUUCGAAGGUUCCUUCACCACCUGAUACUGAAGAUGAUGACAAUGAGUUUGUAAUGGUGUCUUACAAGGAUGUACAGAUUUCAGAAAAGAUGGAUGAAGUUUACACACACCUUAUGAACCUUCUGAAGGAGCAAUAUGAGAAAUGUGUGUCCUAUUCGAAGCAAUUUAUACAUCUUGGCAACGUGGCCGAGACCACCAGAUUUGAGAAAAUGGCUGCAGAUUGCAAAAUAAGUAUGCAAAUCCUUAAACUUUGGCAGGCUCAAGGCUUGGAUCCACCAAAGUAUCAUUUUGAGGAGAGAACCUUUAAAACUGUACGCAUCUUUUCUGACAUCAGCAGUACUGAAAUGUUACUGAUCAUUGUAAAAGGAAUAAAUCUCCCUGCACCCUCAGGUGUGGCAACACAUGACCUUGAUGCUUUUGUAAAGUUUGAAUUUCAGUAUCCUAGUACAGAGCAAGCCCAACGAAAUAAAACAGCUGUGAUUAAGAAUACUAAUUGCCCAGAAUAUAAUCAGCGUUUUGUGCUCAAUAUUAACAGAAAUCAUCGAGGAUUUAAACGAGUGAUUCAGACCAAAGGAAUUAAAUUUGAAAUAUUUCAUAAGGGUGGAUUUCUGAGGAGUGACAAAUCAGUGGGAACUGCUCAGCUAAAACUGGACAAAUUAGAAACAGAAUGUGAAGUCAGAGAAAUUGUUGAGAUUUUUGAAGGUAGAAAAUCUACUGGUGGUCGAUUGGAACUAAAAGUUCAAAUCAGAGAACCUCUUAAUGGACAAGAUUUGCAAAUUAAUACAGAAAAAUGGCUGGUCCUCGAUCCAGCCACUAGGUCACAGGACUAAAGUUACUGCUUUAACUUAAGGUCAGUGAUAAAAUUUAUGCACUUUUUCAUGACGACUGCUAUUGGAAAAGAACAGAAGAAUCUGAAUUGCUGCUAUUAGGAACACAACAUACAUACAAAACCAAAGAUGUGAACUAUCUAUUUAAACCUUGUCUUUAUUGAAAAUGUGCACAUUGAAAACUACCUUACCUUAAAGAAACAGGGCAAUGGAAUGUAGAAAAUUCAUGAUUAUUAUAAAUAAACUUCCUCUAUUUCAAACUCAUUAAAAUAGUGAAAGUAUGUGCCUCAUGGAGAAGUGAACUGCUGCCUGGAUUUAAAACCUAGGAUGUUGACUGUUUAAAAACGAAAAUUUUAAACUUGUACAAAAGGCAUUGUUGAAAAGUGUUGAUUUUCUGGGGAGGGAGGGGAAAAAGGAGGGAGUAGAAGUAGAGUAUUUUCAGAAAUUUCAUUGAGAAAUAACAACAAAAUGAUACAGACAUUAGUACAAGAUUUGUCCUUGAUCUGUACAUAUUGUAAACUAAUAACCACAGUAUUUUUUAGCAUAGAAAAGUCACAAAUUUAUGCAAGAAUAUUUUUAUUGCUGUUGAUUUAAUGUGAUAAAUAUUUAAUAUACUAUGCAGUAAGAUUUAAAAUUUGGAAACCGUUUAUUUGUAGUCAGUUUCUAAAGUGCACAUUUG